AUGCUCCAACGAAUUUCGGAGUAUGUUCAGUUCAAACUUCUUUCGCAGCUUCGAGGCCUCACUUUUACAGACGUUUCGUUGCCGCUUAUAUUCCUGUAAGUGUUCGUCGGAGCCAGUUAGUCUGUAACGCCUCCACAGACGAUUCCUUUUUCUGAAAGAGGCCUUCAAGUCGGGGUUUAUCCAUUUUGGGCGGUUUGUGAUUGUCUUCCUUCUAAGAGGACAAUUGGAAUAAACAAUCUCUUUCAGUAAGGAACUGAAAGUAUUCCAGUUAUUGUUUGCUCGACCAUGCAGUUCAGUCUCCCAUGAUAUAGCUGCCGCUUCCCUCCUCAUGAGAGAAUAGUCACCUUUCCAAAUGUUUCUCUCCCACCUCUCGGUGUGGCGGGUUUGGAAAACAGUGAGUACUCGAAGUAGAGCGUGAUGUGGUCGCUUGACCCUAAUUGCUGUCGGUCCUGCAGGUCUAACACGUUUUCCUCCUCUCGGGUAAAAAUAAGAUCAAGGCAGUUCGACUGCUGCCCUUCCCUGACCCGUGUUCCAAAGGUAACAUUCUGGCAGAGAAGUUUGUCCGUUGCCCAUUGUAGUAGUUUGUGAUUAAAGCUGUCUUGUGGCCCUUGUGCAGUCCACGUUAGCCAAUCAAUGCCAGGAGCGUUAAAAUCCCCAACGAUAAGGAAGUCUUUCUUCUCGCUAGCUUGGUACAGUUCGGAUAUGAGCAUGAGAGGACCGACAAGAUUUCUAAGGACACAGAGGCAAUUUGGCUGACUAUAAAGGCGCGGGGCUCUCAGUCCCUCGAAGUCUUAACUAUCUACCCGCCCCCCGCAGGCGGAUCCCGACCCAAAUAUUUGUCUACUGAAAAGCAUAAAAGAGAUCGCCAGCCGACCAGACGUUGUUAUCAUGGGGGAUUUUAAUGCAGCAUGCAUUCAAUGGAGCGAUAUGCAUGCGAAAUGCUCGAUGAAUACCUUCGAUUACCAUCUACUUAACAGAACUCUAGAAGCUCUACUCAAGCAACAUGUCCUGUUUCCAACUAGAGCUCGUGGAGGGCAACAGGCCAGUUGUCUGGACCUCGUUUUUACCAAAGAUCCUGACAGUAUAGACGAGGUGUACUACCUACCCCCGCUCGGUCGAAAUGAUCAUGCAGUGCUUUUAUGCGAGUACUUGCUGUAUUCUGAACCGUGUACAAACGACAAUACGAGGACAAAUAUAUGGAAAGGGGACUUUCGCCAAAUGAGAGCUGAGGCAUCACAAAUAGACUGGGAUGUUCUCUUCUCCGGAAACGUUAACGAGGACUGGAAUCUAUUCAAGGAUCGUUUACUGCAUCUAAUGAAGAACCACUGUCCCUUAUCAAAGCCUAGUACAUCCAACCGCCCUCAGUGACUAACACGAGAACUCAAAAGGGAGAUCAACAAGAAAGGUAGGUUAUGGAAAAAAUUUCGCGAGAACAACAAUAAUGCAGCGUUUACAGAAUACAAAAUUCAAAGAAAUAAGGUGAAAAGCCUGAUUUUCAGGAGGCGACGGGAUUUUGAGAGUAAUUUGCUCCACCGAGCCGUUAAAAAUCCGAAAUUGCUCUACAGCUAUUUGCGGAAAAGCACACGUAACGGGAAUCCCAUUCCUGUUAUGAGGGGUGAUGACGGCUUGGAGAUAUCGGACAGUACAAAUAAGGCUGAGCCCUUUCCUCAAUUUUUCCGAUCCGUUUUCACAAGAGAAGCAGACUUUACCCCAUCUAAUUCUGAGAACAUGAGAGAUCCCACUAUCGAAAAUAUUGUGUUUCGAGAAGAAGCGAUUUUGGAAGAACUGAAAAACUUGAAGGAAUGUAAAUCUCCCGGUCCGGACGAGAUUCCAGCAAAGCUGCUCUUUGAACUUGCCCAACAGCUGGCCAAGCCACUAUCCUUUCUGUGCCAGAAAUCGUUUGAUGCUGGAAUUCUUCCCACAGACUGGAAGACGGCCCACAUUACACCUCUUUACAAAAGCGGUAGUCGUGCUCAGGCGACAAACUACAGACCCGUCAGUCUGACAUCAAUCUGCUGCAAAGUGAUGGAGAAAACAAUCAAAAAGGAGUUGAUGGCUUACUUGGAAACCCACAACCUCUUGUCCAAUACACAAUAUGGUUUCCGUAGGGGAAGAUCAUGUGUUACGAACUUGCUAUACACAAUGCAAAGUUGGGCACGAGCACUGGACGCAAAACACACCGUGCAUGUUGCCUAUAUUGAUUUUCGGAAGGCGUUUGACAGUGUUCCGCACCAGCGUCUCCUACACAAGUUGAGAAUUAUGGGCAUCGGUGGCAAACUUCUCAAAUGGAUCGAAAAUUUCCUUGUCGGCCGCUCCCAAAUUGUCUGCGUAGAACAACAGCAAUCAAGGUGCACAUUCAUAGAGAGUGGGGUCCCACAAGGCUCGGUGCUCGGACCAACUCUCUUUCUCUUGUUCAUCAAUGAUUGCGUAGAUGGGUUUGACUGUGAUUGUGCCAUGUUUGCGGAUGACAUAAAAAUCUGGAAAGUCAUCCAGAAUGCUGCCGAUGAGACCAACUUCCAAGAAAAUCUUUGUCGGUUGGACGAGUGGUCCCGAAGAUGGCUCUUGUCCUUCAAUUUGAACAAAUGCACCAUUAUGCGCCUCGGAAAUCAGAGCCCUAGAACUCGGCAAUACCAUCUGAACGGAAUGCCCCUCCGAGAAGCAGAAACUCAGAAAGAUCUCGGAGUUUGGGUUGCAGACAGCCUAAAGCCUUCUACACAAUGCUGUAAGGCGGCCAAGGCCGCAACGUCAAUGCUAUAUGCCAUCAAGCGGGCAUUCGUAGUUUUCGAUGAGGACUGCUUCACCAAAGUCUUCGGCACGUUUAUAAGGCCCCAUCUCGAAUAUGCAAUUCAGGCCUGGAUACCGUGGACGCACCAGGAUUACGAUCUGCUCGAAAGGGUGCAGAGGCAAGCCACAAAAUUAGUAAGAGCUCAAAAUGCACUGCCAUACCAGAUCCGCUUAACUAACCUUAAUCUCUAUCCUCUGAGUUAUAGGCAGUUGCGCGGAGACAUGAUACAAACUUUCCGUAUCGUGCGCGGCUUGGAUUGUGCCCUUCGGUGCGAUGACUUUUUCCAACUCGCCAAUACAACUCACCUCCGGAGACAUCCCUUCAAGCUACGUGUGCCACAGGGUAAACUGAAUGUGAGAAAAUAUUUCUUCUCCAACCGUGUCGUGGAACCGUGGAAUAACCUGCCCGAGACGGUUGUUAUGUCUCAAUCUGUGGAGACAUUUAAAUGUCGCCUUGACAGAUAUAUGCUGCAGUAACAAGCGGACUAUGUGACUUUUUAACCAUGUGACUAGUGACAUAUGUGAAUCAAUGUAUGCAUUCACUUAAUGCUGUAAUUUCUUCACAUUUUUGCUUGUUUAUCGAUUUUUUUAUGUACAACUAAGGAGUUCAAAGGCGUAAGCCUAUUUCCCUCAAAUACACUGACUGACUGACUGAAGUCAUUCCGCCUUGGCUUAGUACCAAAGAUACCUUCAUUACAGAUGAGUCAGGCAAAGCAGAAAUGUUAAAUUCUUUCUUUGCCAAACAUUUCACCAUUGAAACUGACCCAAUUCCUUUAAUUUUUACGUCGUCUGAUGCCUCCCUCAGCAUUAUUAAUUUUUCUCCUUAAGGUAUUCAAAAACUGAUAAGCCAUCUUCCUAACUCUCACUCAGUAGGUACGGACACUAUUCCAAACUCUUUGAUAAAACAGCUAAGAGCAUUUCCUCCUCUGUUUAGCAAAAUCUUUUCAGUAUUCCUCGUAAAUGGCUUCUUACCUGACUAUUGGAAAACUUCUAUUAUUAUUCCUGUAUUUAAGUCUGGCUGUCGUUCUGACGUUCAGAACUAUCGAGGUGUCCAUAAAACACCCUCUCUCGCCGAAAUCUUUGAAAAAAUUAUCGCCGUAAAAAUUACCGAAUUUUGCAUAGCCAAUCAAGUUAUUAGCCCUUCCCUGCAUGCUUUUUACCAGAGCGCUCUUGUGAAACAUGUCAUCUGUCGUGUCUCAAUCUACUUACCUCUCUUCGUAAUGACCAUCUUUCUGUUGUCGUUAUUUAUCUUGAUCUUAGUAAAGCCUUUGAUAAAGUGCCACAUAAAAGACUCUUGGUUAAAUUGGAAGCUAUGGGAAUACACAGUCCACUAAUAGACUUUCUCGAGUCAUACCUGUCUAAUCGUAAACAAAAGGUUUUGGUGAGAUCUUCACUUUCCAGUGAAAGUCCUAUUGUGAGCGGUGUCCUACAAGGUACCGUUUUAGGUCCUCUUUUGUUGUUGCUUUACAUUAAUGAUAUCUCGGCAGCAGUUAAAUAUUCUCAAUCAUUUAUUUAUGCCGAUGAUCUCAAAUGUGCAUAUUCUUUCAAAAAAUCUACGAGCCUUCAUUGCCUGGAGCAAAUCCAUGCUGACUUGCUUGCUCUCUCAGCUUGGAGCUCAAAAUGGCUAAUGGAAUUCUCUCCGUCUAAAUGUCGCUAGAUGUGUUUUGGACCUGAGAGGCUACCCCAACCAGUGGUUUUUCAAGGCACACCUCUGACUGAAUGUACCACCAUCAAUGAUUUAGGUUUAAGCUACACUAGUAAUCUUGACCUCUCACAACACGCUGACAGAAUUACAGCCAAAGCUGCCCAGAUUUGUGGCUUUAUUUCUUACAAAUUCUAUCUUCCUGAAAUUAAAUUAUUGCUCUAUCGUAUGUUUGUACUGCCUAUUCUCGAGUAUUGUUGCCCAUUCUUUGGUUUGAUGAGCGAGGCUAGUUGUUUAAAAAUUGAAAAUGUCCAAAGACGUUUUUCUAAGAAACUUUUAGAUAAGUAACAUCCCAAUAUCUCCUACUCAGGUAGAUUCCAGCUAAUUAACCUAAAAUUUUUAUGGGUUCGAAGACUACGAGCGGGCUUCUGUCUCCUCUUUCGCAUUAAUCAUAGUUCAAAUUUUCCUCGGAUUUCAGCACUAACCCCUAGUAGUCGCCCAUACAAUCUGCGCGACUCGUCCUUGAUUAUACCUCCUCCAGCGUCCUCCACCUCUAAGCGCUCCCUUUUUUUCGCUUCCAGGUAUACUUUCCUCUGGAAUAACCUUCCAAUAAAUAUAAGAUCUUCAGAAAAUCUGCACACCUUUAUGAGAAGGCUGCGCCUUUAUCUGAAUACUGACUCGAUUAAACUUUUAUUUUCCUCAUCCUUCCCAGACAACAUUUUCUAUGACACUGAGAAAGGGCCACCGGGAAUUUAGUAUGCCGCCAUUAAAUUUCCGUAUCUGUUGACAUUUCCUUCCUUUAUGAGUAGUCUCGCUUCCUUAGAUCUCUCACCAGAAAUGUUAAUUAUUCCAAUUUUUUAGUUCAUGCAUCGUGCCCUCACAGAAUGCGCUCCAUCGAUGCUCUUGGCGAAACCUUCUGUAUUCGCCAUGUACUAGUAGUCCGGUCGCAUUUCCCUUGCCCAAUCCUCGGAUGGACUCGGAUGAAUGUAACCGACCGCAUCUGGGUUCCUACUGUCUCGAGACGCGUUUUGAUUGUGCCCUCACAGAAUGCGCUCCAUCGACGCUAUUGGCGAAACCUUCUGUAUUCGCCAUUUACUAGUAGUCUGGUCGCAUCUCCCUUUUCCCAUCCUCAGAUGGACUCAGAUGAAUGUAACCGACCGCAUCUGAGUUCCCAUCGCCUCGAUCGAGACUGGUUUUCAAUUUCGCCACUUAUUUGCCUUAUUCAAGGCCACAUACAGGCCAGUCCUGACCGACCCGCCUUCUUAUCCCUUCAUGAAAUCCGUUAUACAAUGUCAUAUACAGCUGACAUUUAUUUCGGCCGUGUUGAUGCCCGACUGUAAUCCAUUCUAUACCGCCACAUGCAGGCCAGUCCUGCCCGUGAUUUUCUGUUUCUAUUUUUUCGAGGUUUUUUGUUCUCCAGUAAAAUUAAACCAAUCACUUUUAAAUUUUUGCAUGGAGUUUUUUUCACCACUCGCUUAUCAUUUUUCUUAACGGACUUCUAAUGCCAAAAACUAUGUCUUGCACUUUGUACAGAUUUUGCCUACCUCGUCAAAAAUUCACAUGUGAAUUUAUUUUUACUUGCUUUGAUAGACCCCGAUGGGUCUUCAAUAAAAUCAUUAAAUUAAAUUAAAUUGAUUAAAUUAAAUUAAAGCAAUUCGUAUUUCCUGUCUCAAUUCCUUAAAUUUGGCAUUCUUAAUAAAUAUUAUCAAAAUGCGUCAGCUACAACAAUUGAUGACUGUCCGACGAGACGCUGUUCUCACAAAAGAUUCAUUGGACAUUUGCCUGAACAAUUGUUUAUGUACAGAUUCCUGUUUACAGUAGUUUGUUGCCCGGUGGCUUGCUCAAAAAAGUGCUUCGUGUCAUGGAUCUUUGUGGCUCAAAUGCUGGCUCCAGAUACUGGGAUGGAGGGAGAAGUUUAGGAGAUCACCGGUGGAGUGCGACGGGAUAGUUUGGUCACCUGAAGUUUCACACACGCUUGAAUGUGAGCAAUGACAGAUAGGAGUUGCAUUACCGGACUAAUUUUCAACUAUUUAAAGACUUCAAUAUGGGAAGUUAUGUUGGUCACUGCUGAUCACCCUCUCUUUGCGUCCACUAUGCACGCGGAUGCUCAUUUUACCCACAUUCUUUCGCACAUCCAAAAUAAAAGUAUCCAUACUCUUCUAGAUCUUUCACAGGUGAUCAUGAGUCAUUUGAUAGGAAUCCAUUAAAACAGGAUAAGUUUAUCUAAAACUGUUGACCCAAAUUUUUACGAAAGUUUUAUUUCCCAGCCUCCGUCCACUGCAAGGGCUAUAGCGCUGCAGUAGCUUUGCAUUCUCCUUCUUGUUCUCUUACUUAUCCUCUUAAUUUCUAAGGACUGGGACCCACCUGUUGCUUGAACUGGAUCUCAAGCCAAUAAACAAUAGUCGCAAUUUAAUUUCUGGAUUUUAAUAGGCUGAAAUUCGGGCGAUGAAAUCAAUGUCGCCAGCUCUGCGUGCUAAAAAAAGGAAAAAAAUCUGCUAGGGAAAAUUUAAAGACCACCCUCGAAUCCGUUUUCUACUCAUUCCGGCGUGCGAGCGUAGGUCGUGUUUGGUCGCUCCCUUCACCAAACGAGUCUUCUCAGCGUACGUGUGUUGAGUUCCUUGUUUCACACUGUAAUUUACCUGUUGCUUGUACACGUUUUGGUGGAGUUGAAGACAGGUGCUCCCAGAAUUUCUAUACCAUCCUCACCCUAAGGGUAAAAACGCAUUGAAGUGAACCGGAGGGACGAGUACGAGAAAUUCGGCAUCUUCGGGACCAGCUGGCAAUUGCCAGCUGGUCCCGAAGAUGCCGAAUUUCUCGUACUCCUUAAGGAGUGGGUACUCAAACAGCUUCGUCAGCAGCUGUCUCCGCACGCACCCAUGGCGAACAAACGCAGGAGAGCCACCAACACUCUGGCACCCUCCAUCGUAUAUAAAGGAUGUGUCAGAAACAACGGGACGUAUUGCUGCAGAGCUCGGCGUGGGUAUCGCUCACUGUCCGACAGCUGCCAUGCGCACCAAAAUCAUGCAAACGAAGGGCCGACUAGACGCAGGAGGACAAUCUCGUGUCGUUUAUCAGAUUCUAUGCCGUGACUGCCCUGACCAUUAUACAGGACAGACCGGAUGACAUUUACCUCGCGAACAACAACAUCACAAACGGGUAGUCCGGACAGGCGACCCAUCGUCUCAGGUUUUUAUUCACAACCGGGAGGAAGGCCACAAAUGCAACUUCACGAGUGCGCGGAUAAUGGCGCGAGCCAGCAAUAAGACAGUACGAGAACUGUUGGAGGCAUGGGUGUUUGACACAAACUUAAUCAACGGACACGUUUAUAUGUUCCCCUGCUGUCACGUGCUCCGUUCCCGCGGCCAAGAGACGAGACUCAAUUCUCAGCCAAGGGCGCACGCAGUCACGCCGCCGUGGGGGCUGCGUCGACUCAGCCUUGUAGUGAACACCAUCCCCUCCUUUGUUUAACUACAAAAAUGCCCAUUUGACGCCGCACUAUCACAGUCCCUGGUGAUAACCUCCUGCACUAGACCGAAAGCCCAGACUAAUACACAGAAUGUCCAACUGGUCGCGCGUUCAUUUUCCUUGCAUACAAAGAUUUUCUACGAUAUGUUGGUUUUACAAAUUAAAUUUUGUUUUGAAUCGUUUCUGCAUGUUUUUUUUUCAUUAAAAGUAAAAUAACGACAUGUGGGUAGUCGUGUUCGUCACUGUAUGCUUUGCGAGCAUCGUCAGGGUAGUAGUACAGCAACGACAACGCACUACAUGCUUGUGAAUGCCAUUGUUUCGCAUAAUUUCCAUCUGGUCGUUUUCCUACUGGGUCAUAAGUAGUCACAGCCAGGACUUCUAAUCUAAACCUGAAUUACUUAAAUAAGCAGCACUAUCCAACAGAAAGGACGUCAUUCUUUGGCAUGAUAACACCAAACCGCAUUCGGCAAGGCAUAUCAAACAGAUAAUAAAUGUUGGCUGGGGAUUUUUCUCCUCCAACUUACUAGUUUCCAAAAAUGAAGUUCGGAGAUAUUUUAAGGUGUGUGUACACCUCAGUCGAAACCCGUCAGGGAUGUCGCUAAGGCAUAAUUUGUUGUUGUUAUCGUCUCCGGCGAUAGUUUUAUGCGAGUUAAAAAGUUUGGGCCAGCGUUCAGGCGGUUACGAUGAUCGACUAGAAUAUUCGCCUCCUUUCUGAAGAAGUGCCACGAUGCUGUAAACGUAGAACCCGAGCACCAUGUUUCUUUUGCAAGCGCACCUGGUGGUAACGCCCGUAUUCUAAGCUGGCGGAUGCUUACUUGUUGGUGAACUCUCAUCUUUCCCUAAAGUACUUAAUACAAUUAAUCAAACAGUUAUUUAUUUCCUUCAGGCCACCAUACGAAAACAGUCGGUCGUUUCUAAUGAAACUGAAAGACCUCAAAUUCAUCAACAAACCCAAAGUAGAGCCGGAACGGACGCAGUUGCGUAUGUUUUGUCGUCUGUUUUACCUGCCCUUCUUAGUCCUUGAUCGAGUUCGAAGUUUUUUGCAGACCGCAGAGCAGACAGCUGCACCCACCGAAUUUGAGUCUCCGCCCGAAAACAGUCGACAUAUUGAGUUGGUCAGUAGCCUUUUAGUGUCCUUUGAUCUAUUUUCUCUCCUCCGUUCAUCUUAUCUAGUCACCUGGCAUUUAUUCUCGAUUGCUCCCUAAAGAUCCAGGGCACAGGGCUAAGGCUGCUCUUCCUCUUGCGACGUAUCCGCGCAUCUGCAUCUUCGUUCAUUUUAUUCAUAGGUUUCAUUGUUACUGUCGCGCGCUUCCCUCCAUGCCUGGUCGGAAAUUGUAGCGUAAUAUAAACAGUUUCGUAGGACAUGACAAAGAUCACGUGUUCGCACUCGUCCCUGUGUAACCCAUGUAUCUUGGUCUUUACUGCAGGAAAUCUAUGUCCCUACAGAGGGACCUGAAUCGUCUGUGAUGCUCACUGCAGCUGAACAAUCUGAUUCAUUGUCGCCGUCUUCGUCCUCUUCAUCUAGUGAGUCGGACGCAGAGUCUAAAAAUGGAGAUGAUCAGGUGAAUCUUGAAAAAUUGAGAGUGCCGUGCUCCAGCAAACGACCAAAAAUUGAGGAAGUGAAGGGUGAGACUGAGAAAUAA